AUGAUCGUCUUGAGGUUUUUUGUCUUUGCCGUGGCUGCUUGCGCCGCAUUCAAGCUGCCAGUAGAGUUGGAUAUCGGAAAUAUCAACGAGGAUCUCUUUGAUGUAGAGCCUCUGGAUAGCGGAGUAAACUACGACGAGGUCAGAGUUAAGCCAAAGCCAAAGUACAUUUUGAGAAGAGUUAGCUACGGAGAUGAUAACAUCUGGGACGAGCAAGGAAAGGACUGCACUGAAGUCCAGAUGUUAAAGGGAGGAGAUUCCAUCGAGGCAGUAAAACUUGUCAUCGUCGGUGGAAACGGCCAGACGGAAUCCGUCUUUGCAAAGAAAAUCGACGGAUCCAUCGUCAUUGUAAGCGAAGAAGACUUCAACACUGCAGUUGAAGAGUGGAAAAAGGGCGCUUCUAGUAUUCCAGUAAAACUGGAUAUUCAACAAAAAGGUGAAAGCAGCAUCUUCAAAUUAAAGGAGCAGGUUUUGGAUGGACUGGACGUCGUCUCCUUUACUCCAAAGGGAAAUUACGCCUUUGACUCAGUAUUUGAUGGAGAAGAGCCCAUAUGGGAACCAUCUGGAAGCGAGACUUCCUCGCUAGUUGCCUUGCGUAAAUUUAAGGGUGAGGUUCAUUUGCUCUCCCUGGAAACUCAGGGAGAGGCACUUUACUUUGAAAAGGUAAAUGGAGAAUGGAAGCAUGUUGAUAAGGGGACUUUUGACGAAGCUUCCAAAAAGCUCAAAUCAUCCAUAGAAACUGUUGAACAACUUGACUUUGAUGUAACUCAACCAGCCGACGAGGAGAAAUUCCAAGUCACUCACAAGUCCAAGGGAGGGCUCAGGACCGCAACCGCAAACUCAAGGGCAGGCUACCAAGUUACCAAGGUUAAAUUUGGUGACUCUGUCAUAUGGAUGGGUUUUGACGGUGAAACUGCUGGCUCUGUUGCAAUUGGCUGGCAAGGACCUACAGUAAAAUUGGUUUCCAUCAAGCUUUUCGCCGAUCACACCUUUAAAAAGUUGUUGUAUUACAAGAACGUUGAUGGUGAGUUCCAGGCAGUUACAAGGGAGGAUUUUAAUAGCACCGCAAGUGAUAUCAUCAAGGAAAGGGAUGCUGAUGACUCUACAGAUGAGACAGGAUCUAUCUCUGGCAGCGUAUUCUCGUCAAUUGUUUCAGAGAAGCAGUCUCCUGAUGGAGAAGAUAUCGACUUAGACAUUUCCCAAUCCGCCGACUAUGAUAGAGUCCUUGUUGGUGUUGGACAAGAAAAUGAUAUCAGUUUUUCUGACUUUAUGCCAAGGGGCAAUUCCACUAUAUCCAAUGUUCAUGUUGGCGAAGAACCUGUGUGGAAGGCUGAGAAAAAUGAAAGGUGCAAGCAUGUUACUGCUUAUUACAUAUCUGAGAAGCCCAAAUAUCUCAAGUUGUAUUUAGUCGGGAAAAAGGAUCCUAUACUUUAUGGAAAUUCCAAGGGAUCAUGGCGUUCAUUGUCCAAACGUCAAUUUGAUUCGCAACUUGCAAUUUCUGCCAAAGAAGUUAAGCAGGCAGAAGCUAAGAAACUCCAGGGAGAACAACAAGUGGAGGAAACAGAGGAUAAAGCUCCAAAGGGAGCACUCUUUGGAUUUAAAUUUGGUAAAAGGGAGAGGGAAAGCAAGGAGGAAGAACAAACUACUCCUCUAUUUAAACUUGAUCUUUCAAAUCCAAAUGAUGCACAAGUCAGGGUUUCUAAAUUUAUAUCGGUUGGAUUUGAAACUGUAAGAUGCACAGCUCUACCAGGACAUGCCAUUGGAGAGGUAAUUAAUGGAUUCCAGGCAGUUUGGAAUGGUGAGGGUAAAGCUAAAUGUACCGAAAGCAUUUUGUAUUACAAGUAUGGAGUCGCAAAGUAUCUCAUUCUCACCAUUGAUGGCAAAAAGUAUCACUUUAUGAAGAUGGGUGCUAAUAUUUCAGCUGUUGAACAGAGUGAAUUCGAACUGGCCUUUACCGCUGAUGUUCAGACAGAUGCUAUACUAAAGUCGGAAGUUUAUCUUGGAGAGAAUGUGGAGUUGUAA